CGCGUGGGCAUCAAAUCUACACAAUCUUUCUCUCUCUCUUUUUCUCUCUCUCACACACACAAACACAGAAAUCAGUAGAUUCGAUUCGAUCGGGCGAUCAUUUCUGCUCAUUCAAUUCAAUCUCUGUCCCUCUCAUUCUCAAAUAAUGCUCCCUGAUUUUAGAGGACUGGCUUUAAGCUGCCAAGAAAUGGAGGGGAGUGGAGCACAGAUGGAUGGGAGGGUACUUCAGACAUUCCAGAAGAGCUUUGUGCAAGUUCAGAACAUUUUGGACCACAACAGGCUGCUGAUCAGUGAGAUCAACCAGAACCACGAGUCCAAAACACCCGACAACCUGACCCGAAACGUCGGUCUGAUCAAAGAGCUCAACAGCAACAUAAGAAAGGUCGUCGACCUCUACGCCGAUCUCUCGUCUUCUUUCUCUAAGUCCAUUGUUGAUGCCUCUUCUGAAGGCCACUCCACUUGCCACAAGAGGAACAGGCCUUGCUAGCUACAACUAAUUUUAUAUAUAAUCACUAUAUUCUUCUUCAAGAAAUAUAUAUAUAUAUAUAUAUAUAUAUAUAUAUAUAUAUAUAUAUAUAUAAAUCCUUUGAUUUGUCACCUCUGAUGAGAAAUAAUUCUUCAAGGAAAAAUAAUAAGCUGUUGGGUGCUAAUGUGUAUGCAGAUGUAUUUAGCUUGGAGGAGGAAUGUUUGUAACUUUGUAUCUUCUAGUCUCUCUUGUUCUUAUUGUGCUUGACAAUUUGUUGCCUUUAAAUGAGCAUUUUUUAAGGCUAUUUAUUUAUAUGGGAG